UCAUUUUUUAAAUGUAUCAUUAUCGGUUUGAACGCCAUUUCAUCUUACUGUAAUGACACUUAAUUUAGUUGUUAUAAUAUUCUAAGAAACACUUAUCUUUAGCUUGACUAGAUAAUUGAGAUGUGUCUUUCCAAAUCCGGAGAUUUCGAGCGGUAAAAUUCGAAGAAUAAAAUACUGCCAAUGAAAUCGAAAAGUGAUUUGGAAAGGUGUCAAAGCUUGAUUAUAAUAUACUAACGGUAAUAACCUUGUUUUCAAUCGAAUCGAAGGCAUUCUACUUCGUUUCAAAUGCGCGCAGUGCGCACGAAUGCCCUUCAAUUGGGAAAUUGUAAAUUUGUAUCUUCUUACCAUGGCUACAGAAAGUAUAAUUAUGUGUCAAUGCCAAUAAAAUGUGGACAAAAAUAUUGAUUCUGUUGAACAAUUCGAAAAUGAAAUAAAUACGUUCGGAAGAUUUGAUUUUUUUUUUCGAAGGUCAUUACAGCCGUGGACCGGAUCCCAAAAAUGACAAAUUCAAAAAUGGCCUAAAAUCUGUUAUUCAAAAUAAUGUAAUGAGAAUGGUAUUCGUUGAUAAUACGUUAAAUCAUUUCUACUCGAAUAAAGGAUGUAAUUUUCUAUCAAAUGACGCAAAUGAGCUCUACAAUCGCUUCAGCACUUCAAUACUGCGUUCAAAAAAUGAAUUUCCACUUCAAUUUAAGUUCUAAGAAUGGAAUUAAAUAAAUUUAUGACUAGAAAGCAUUUAGAAUAUUGAAAGUGCGCUCUAAGGAAAGAAUUGUCCAAUUAAGUCAAGUACCACCUGAAAUUCCCAGAAUUCAAUGAAACGUCUUCGGUCAAAACGUCUUGAUCAUACAUGCCUGUAUUGAAACCAGGUUGGGUCCAUCUUUCAAGGAAACAAGUUGAACUUUGUGUUUGUACGACACAAUGGCAGUUGAAGUGUUGAAAGGACUUCGCUUGAUUUUAUCACUAUCGUCUUUGAGCGAUAAAGUUUAUAUUCAAACUUCACGUUUUCGCAUUCCGACAUCGCUAACUCGCAUUCUCUAUGCCAUUCCAAUGAAUAUUUCGCUUACACUUAUCACAUUGUUUUCUUUUGACAUUGGAUUCGAUUUAAAAAAGGGAUCUGCUGCAAUUAGCGUGAUGCUUGGCAUCAGUCAGAUAAAUUUGGUCUAUGCAGCAUUGGCCAUGAAACGGUCGCUAUUGAUGGACAUUCUCCGUGAGUUAGAAAGCGUUGUUCAAAAAAGAUGUUCAAAUUCGAUUGAUGCGCAGGAAAUUUAUCAAAAUGUUGAAAAAAAGAAUAAUAAGCUAUCGAAAAAUUUCAUUACAUUUGCCAUUAUUGCGAUUUGUUCACUUUUUGGAGUUCCUGCUUUAUUUCCCAUUUUCUACUUGUGUCUUGGAUUUCCAACGCCGGCAAAAUGGCCAUUGCCAUUUCCGUUUAAAUCGUUCUUUGACCCGAAGACAUACUCAGGAUUUUAUGCACCAUUAUUGGUGCAGGCUAUCACCGGCAUUACUUACAUGGGAUUAAUUUGCACGUUAACGGUGCUUCAAAUUGGACUGUGCAGCUAUAUCAAGGCAUUUACUUUGGAUUUACAGAAGCAAUUUGAAUACUCAAAUUCAUGUUCAAAUGCCAAAAGAAAUGAAGCAAGGACAAAAUUGAUUCUGAAGGAAGCAAUCGAACUGCACAUCGAUAUGUUGAAUAUUAUGCAUCGUGUGAAAAAUCUUUUGAGUGGCCCUUUAUUUUUUCAACACAUCACAUUCGCCGGAUUCCUUGCCUUCACUCUACUAUCCUUAGAUCAAGGUAUUCAUGAUUUAAGCUUCGAUAUUGUGCUAAGCAUCAACUGCAUGUUCACCCAAAUUCUUUUCAACUACGUGUUUUCGAGUUAUGCACACAGUUUGUCAUUGUGUUCAUCUGGCGUUGCUGAUAUUGCAUACGGUUCUCUCUGGUACACUUUGCCCAUCAAUCAGCGCGAUCUCAUUCUAUUUACUAUUCGACGAUCACAAAUUCCAUUUUAUUUGCAUGGAUAUAAAAUAUUCUAUUGCUCAAUGCAAACUUUUCAAGAGCUAAUAAGAAAGUCUUUCUCGUACUUUCUGUUGUUCCGACAAUUGAGAGGCGUUAACUGAACGUCGACCUUGAUUCGUUCAACGAAUGGAGUCAAAACGAUUUGAAUGACACAACAUUUGGCUUGUGCAAACUAGCAGAGACACAAUUCAACAUUGUGACGUAUACAAAAUAGUAGAUUUAUCUAAAGAUAAGCAUUGUUCUUCAUGUGUUUUUAAUCAAGUUCGUUCUAAAUAUGCAAUUAUCUAAUCAAAGGCAUAACUUGUCAAGAUAAAAAUUGAAGUGAUUGAAAAUUUAAACAUCAGCUCGUGGAAGCGAAUUAAAUUUUACAAUUUAAACGCACUUCUUUACAU